CAGAGCACACAGCCACUGUCAUCAUCCUGUCUCCUGCAGGCCAAGGUAGCCAGUGUCUAUGAGUCACCUGGCUUCUUCCUCGACUUGGAYCCAGUUCCAGGAGCUGUGGAAGCUGUGCAGGAGAUGCUCCACAUGAAGGACACUGAAGUCUUCAUUUGCACGAGUCCUCUCCGGAAAUAYGAGCACUGCAUUGUGGAAAAGUAUAAGUGGGUAGAGAAACACUUGGGACCUGAGUUUGUGGAGCGGAUUAUCCUGACCCGAGACAAGACGGUGGUGGCUGCUGACCUGCUGUUUGACGACAAGGACACCAUCCAAGGAGCAGAGCCAAACCCGAGCUGGGAGCACAUCCUGUUCACCUGCUGCCACAACAGGCACCUCCAGCUGCCGGCCCCGCGCCGGCGCCUGCACUCCUGGGCCAACGACUGGAAGGCCAUCCUGGACAGCAAGCGCAGGCAAUAGUGCAGGAAGGGGAUGCUGUGCUCUUUCCACUGCCAGGGAACAACCAGCACAUCCCCUGCCAUGCCCAGGAGGCACUGUCACUGCGGGGGUCAGUCAUAGCAAGGAAAGAGCUGCUCCUGUCAGACACGGUGCUCCAGGUUUCUGGAAGAUUGCUCUGCCCUCAGUCCAUCUCUGUAGCRUUUUGGAUGUUUGGUGUUGGAGAACUAUAAACUACAAGCAGCUGCGGUUGGAUUUUUAUGUGUGUUUAACCUCAUUCCUGUUUGGUUUGUGCUGUCUGGGGGUGGAGGGGAGGAAAAAAGGAAGAAAGCAAGCUCUGAAAGUUGAGCAGAUCCAGUGGGAGUGUCUGUCGGGGAGCACUGGGCUCAACAGGGAAACCUUUUAUGUAUUUAGUCACCAUGCCUCUUGGGUUUUCUCUUGCCUCAUUGGCUGAUAAUGAAAAGAGACUGAGCUGRCUUCAAUUUCUGGCCCGUAUGCUUGGGUAAGAGUGGGCAAAGGCUGUUAAGUGCUGGAGAAAAAUAUUCAUGAGCUCACAUGGAACUGAUGACACAGCWU